AAUGGGAUGUAUUAAAUUUUCAUGCAGCUUGGUUAAAAAAUAGGUACCCAAAAAAUAAAGAGUUGGCCAUAAAAUUAUAUGAAGAACAAUUAAUUUGGUAUAGAACUAACAGCUACAAAAGAGAAAGAAAUAAAGCUCAUGAGAUGUUAGAAAGGCAUGCAAAUGAUCUUGAUCGUGUUCAUAAAUAUUGGAACGAGUGCUUUCCAGGAACUUCGGACUUUAAUAAUGAUGACAUAGAAGCAGGACCUUCGAACUUUAAUGCUGAAACAAAUAUUAAUAAUGAUGACGUAGCAGCAAGACCUUCGGACUUUAAUGAUAAUGACGUAGUGGCAGGACCUUCUGACUUUAAUGCCGAAACAAAUAUUAAUGAUGAUGACGUAUCAGCAAGACCUUCGGACUUUAAUGAUGAUGACGUAGUGGCAGGACCUUCUGAGGUUUGUAAUAAAGACGUAAAUCGCCCCAACAAUGUAAUUCAUAAGAGAAAAUUUAAAGACGACCAAGACUUAAAUUCCAUUCAAGAUUUGGAAGAAAGAAUCGCAACUUUAGAAUCAUCUCAUGUUGUCUUAAUCGAUUUGUUAAAUGAUAUUAUCGAAGAAAAAAAAUUACUUAUGGAUAGAGUUUCAAAUUUAGAAAGACAAUUAGUCUCUACACUAUCUAAAGAUUGUGAUAGA